AUGCUGACCUGCAGAGGUCAGAGACCAGCCUCCUUGCCCUUCAGUUCUGAGAGCUUCAGAACUAUAGUGAGGGGACUAAGCACCGCUCCUGGUCGAUCUGCAGUAGUCGACGACAUAAUCAUUCGAUAUUUCAGUACAAAUGUGACGUCACCGAGUUCUUACCGUAUCGCUAACAUCAAGGCAGUGCUGUCAGACCCAGCAUUUGACGUCAAGAAACCAACUGUACUUUACGCUCAUGGGUACGUGGAACUCCUGACUGAUGACAGUAUAAGGACCGUAGUGUCUGCUUACCUCCAGCGCGGUGGUUACAACAUAUUGGUGCUGGAUUGGUCCAAUUUGGCCUUCGGGAACUAUGUCCUCGUCGCCAAGGCUCUGCCACAUGCAGGAGAAUUUGUCGGCAAGGCCGUAUACAAGCUGGUGAAGCGAGGUAUGCCAGUCCAGAACCUGCACCUGGUCGGGCACUCCCUGGGCAGUCACAUCUCUGCCUACAUCGCGAGGUAUCUCUCAGCGAGAGGUUUUAAAGUACCCAGAUUAACCGGCUUAGACCCAGCCUACCCGGGUUUCUACCCACCUUUAGCAGCACCUCCGAUGACUCCGGCAGACGCAGAUUUUGUGGACGUCAUCCACACGGACGGUGGGGGGUAUGGAGCUCCUGAUUCCACGGGUCAUGCUGACUUCUGGCCCAAUGGGGGACAGGCCAAGCAGCCAGGCUGUUUGUCUGCUACUAUUCCUCUUAGUAACGAAGAUUUCUGUAGUCAUUGGCGUUCGUGGGAGUUCUGGUCGGAGUCCCUGUUGAGGGAUGACUUCCUGGCGCGUCCGUGUGAGGACUACGACACUUUCCUCCGAGGACAGUGCUCGGGGCAGCCUCUUGUGUUCAUGGGGAUACGGGCAUCGCCAGAUUUACGCGGAAACUUUUAUUUGAUAACCGGAGCGAAGUCACCGUUUGGACUCAACGCGAGAGGAGCUAGCUGA